UAAUUUUUAGGCAGCUGCAACUGCAACAAUAAUUAAAGUAUAAAUAAAUUUUCAAUAAUGAUACAUAGAAUUCAAACGAAUUAGCGAUGCAAAUGAAUUUUCUAAGUAUACAUUGUGUGGCGUAGCUUGUGUGUUUUUGAUGUUGUAAGCCGAAUAGGGCACGGCAUGCAGAGAAAAUUCAAAUCCCUUCAACGGUUGGAAGUCGCAGCGAGAAGGGAUUUUUGGGGAGAAGGGAGUUAGAAUGAAAUCGUGUAGAUGUAUAAUGUUAUGGCUAACACUUUUUAUGGUUUCACUUCAAUCACUGGGAUCUGCCAGAACCGAUGAGGCAUACGUGACUCUGUUGUACGGAGAUGAAUUCUUGUUGGGCGUUAGAGUUCUGGGCAAAUCCAUACGGGACACUGGAUCCAUCAAAGACAUGGUCGUUUUGGUCUCUGAUGGUGUCUCUGAUUAUGCCAAUACCCUUCUUCAGGCUGACGGGUGGAUAGUUGAGAAGAUUAGUUUACUGGCAAAUCCUAAUCAAAUACGUCCAAAGAGAUUUUGGGGUGUCUAUACAAAGCUCAAAAUAUUUAACAUGACUGAAUACAAGAAAGUUGUUUAUCUUGAUGCUGACACUAUUGUGGUUAAGAAUAUUGAAGAACUUUUCAAAUGUGGAAAGUUCUGUGCUAAUUUAAAGCAUUCUGAGAGGUUGAAUUCGGGAGUCAUGGUGGUGCAGCCAUCUGCUACUGUUUUCAAUGACAUGAUGAGUAAAGUAAAAACUCUGCCAUCUUACACGGGAGGGGAUCAGGGGUUUCUCAAUUCAUAUUACUCUGGAUUUCCCAAUGCACAUGUUUUUGAGCCAAAUUUGACUCCAGAAAUGUUGGAUACUAGACCAGUUCCUGAAAUGGAGCGACUUUCCACACUUUAUAAUGCAGAUGUUGGUCUUUACAUGCUGGCUAACAAGUGGAUGGUAGAUGAGAAUGAACUCCGUGUGAUUCAUUAUACACUAGGUCCUCUUAAGCCUUGGGACUGGUGGACAUCUUGGCUUGUGAAACCUGUUGAUGUCUGGCAGAAUGUAAGGGAACAGCUGGGGGAAUCCCUUCCUGGAACUGGAGGGGGCCAAAAUCCUACAGAUAAUUUUCUUGUGAAGUUUCUUUUUAUGCUACCAUUUUGUGCUGUGCUGUUCUGUUUCUAUCAUUCAUUUAUAAAGAACCAGGGGUACUUUGGUUCCUGUUGUAGAAACUCACUAUGUGAUCAUGUCAGACACCUUUAUUACAGGAUUAAAUCAGGGGUGCCACUUGCAUAUACUACCAUUUCUACCCCAACUAUCGCUUCCACUCAUCAGCUCAUAAACGGUGCUCAGUACAAGGUGCCUGCAUAUUUGGGCAGUAUUUCUGUCUGUAUCUGUUUAUUGGCUGCUGUAAUGUCUCUUGGAUUAACACUCUUGAUGGUACCCCGACAAGUGGCUCCAUGGACUGGUUUGCUUUUGAUGUAUGAAUGGACAUUCACAAUCUUCUAUAUACUAUUUGGUGGUUAUCUCAAUUUGAUUUAUCACUGGGGAAAGAUCAUGGCAUCACAUACACCAUCCUUGUCUCAUGUUGGAUAUUCUGAUGACGAAUCUGGAAAAAUUCAUCAGCGUCAGAUAUCAUCAUGUGAUACUGCUCCAUGGUUCUAUGGAUUAGGGAUGGCCUUCUUGGCCAUUGCUGCUCCAUCUUUGCCUUGUCUUUUUGGGAUCACUGCAUUGUUUUUACGGUUUGGUUUGAUGGUUGUUGGGGGCAUAAUAUUAGUGUCUUUCCUGACAUACUCGUCCGAACAUCUUGCUAUCAGAUCAUUUCUGAAAGGGUUCGAGGAUAAAAGAGCGAUGUUGCACGCAAUGCAAGCUUCUGUUGUUGAUUGAAUUCUUUGAAGUGGUGCAUACUGUGGUAGAUUUUUUUUUUAUUCACCUCUAUUUCAUGGAAAUAUGCGUCAUUAAUCUAUAUAGGAUUGGGAUAGGUUGCCAUACACAACCCUCACAUUUUAUCCGAGCUUGGAGCCUUGGACUGCUAAUGCAAAAAUUGGCAACAAAGCAUGACACUAGGCCGAAGAAAAUCUUAGGACAUUUUUUUGAACUUUAGUUUUUGAUGAAACCCAAGAACAUUUGAUUCGUCUAACUUGUCUCAUAUGUUGAGAUUUAGUGGUGGUUUACCAUUGUAUUCAACUAACGGGUAGCAUUGUUCUAGUGACAAAUGUAAUAUUGAUUUUGUCAAUGAAGCAUAAUGUAUGUUUCGUAGUU